AUGAAAUUCCCGGCCUUGGUGUUAGUGUCCCUGUUCCUGUUCGUGGCCGAGAUGAUAGCGGCGCUCUACCUGAGCAGCACCUACCGCUCCGAUGGGGACCGCAUGUGGCAGGCGCUGACGCUGCUCUUCUCCUUGAUGCCCUGUGCUCUGGUGCAGUUCACGCUUCUCUUCGUCCACCGCGACCUCAGCCGCGAUCGGCCACUGGUGCUGCUCAUGCACCUGCUCCAGCUUGGGCCCCUGUUCAGUAGGUGUUUUGAAGUCUUUUGCCUCUACUGUCAGUCCAACCCGAAUGAAGAGCCUUAUGUGAGCAUCACUAAGAAACGACAGAUGCCAAAAGAUGGCCUCUCAGAGGAGGUUGAGAAGGAGGUGGGCCAGGCAGAAGGCAAGAUGUUUACCCACCGUUCCGCCUUCAGUCGGGCAUCAGUGAUCCAGGCUUUCCUAGGCUCUGCCCCACAACUGACCCUACAGCUGUAUAUUACCGUGUUGCAGCAGAACAUCUCUACUGGAAGAAGCAUCAUCAUGUCCUUGUCCCUGUUGUCCAUUGUAUAUGGAGCCUUACGUUGCAACAUCUUAGCCAUCAAAAUCAAGUAUGAUGAGUACGAGGUCAAAGUCAAACCCCUGGCCUAUGUCUGUAUCUUCCUCUGGAGAAGCUUUGAGAUUGCCACUCGGGUCAUUGUCCUGGUCCUCUUUACCUCUGUCCUGAAGAUCUGGGUGGUGGCAGUCAUACUUGUCAACUUCUUCAGUUUCUUCUUAUAUCCCUGGAUCCUCUUCUGGUGCAGUGGCUCCCCGUUCCCCGAGAACAUUGAGAAGGCCCUGAGUAGAGUGGGUACCACCAUUGUACUGUGUUUCCUCACUUUACUCUACGCUGGUAUCAACAUGUUCUGCUGGUCAGCUGUACAGCUCAAGAUCGACAGUCCUGACCUCAUCAGCAAAUCCCAGAAUUGGUACCGACUGCUAAUUUACUACAUGAUGAGAUUCAUUGAGAAUUCUGUCCUCCUGCUCCUGUGGUAUUUUUUCAAAACUGACAUAUACAUGUAUGUUUGUGCGCCUCUGUUGAUUCUGCAGCUACUCAUUGCAUACUGCACAGGCAUUCUGUUCAUGCUUGUGUUCUAUAAGUUUUUUCACCCUUGCAAAAAGCUCUUCUCUUCCAGUGUUUCUGAAAGCUUUAGGUCAUGUCUCAGGUGUGUCUGCUGGUCCUGUGUGAGGAGAAAAUCCUCUGAACCAGUAGUAAGUGUAGACACGGACUUAAAGUCAUCCACAGAUCAAGAUCAAGGUCAAGAUGAAGAUCAAUAUGAAGAUCAAGGUCAAGAUGUAACACCUUCUACCAGUAGACUAAGUCCUGAGACCACUGAGAUGUGGAGUGCUGUUGAUCUGUACUCUGCUUAAUGGAACCUGAAGUGUCUUACAAGAAAGGGAUAUUGUGUUCUGGGUUAAUAACUAUUCUUCAUACAAGUAAUGAGCCCCACACAGGGGAUAAGGCAGGGAAUUAGCUGCCAAUUCCUUGUGAGCUACGGCCUUUUAUAGAGCUCUUUGAUUCGAGGUAGCUAUGGAAGGCAGGGGGAAGCCUACUACCCCACAGUUUGUUUCACA